UUUAUUUCCAAUAUCCCUGCUUUUCCAUCUGGUUCAUUUCAGCAGCAGCAUUCUUCCAUAAGCAAGUUGUAAAGAGCGGGAACGACGAUCACCAGCCUAUAACUUGCAUAUAUCAGCCUUUUCUGAGAGUGGAAGUGCCCUUCAGCUCUAUUGUCAACAAGAGGGUAUUAAGGAUGUGGUUAUUCCUGACCUAAUGAAGAAACUUGAUAUCCUGGGAGAUAAUGGGAACCUAAGAAAUGAAGAGCAGGUUGCAGUAAUUCAAGCUCGUACUGUGCUGUCGCUAUGUGAGAAGUGGCUGAAACAAAUUGAAGGAACAGAAGCUGCCCUGCAUCAGAAGAUGCUGGACCUGGAGAUUGAGAAGGAGCAGUUUAGCAAGCAGAAGGGCUACCUAGAGGAGGAACUGGAUUACAGGAAGCAAUCUCUGGACCAUGCUUAUAUGCAAAUCCAGGAGCUGGAAGCCACCCUAUACAACACUCUGCAGCAGUGCCCUGGAAACAGAGUGAGUGAAUCUCUGACUGAAGUACAAAAGGAAGAGUUGAAGUUGGCGGUGGAGAAGUGGCGACGCCAGGUCCUGAGGCAGAGCCGGGAGUAUGAUGGUCAGAUCUUACAGGAACGCUUGGAACUAUUGCAACAUGCUCAUCAGAGAAUUAAAGAAUUGGAAGACAAGAUAGAGAUUCAGAAAAGACAAAUCAAAGAAAUAGAAGAGAAGCUUUUAUCCUCUGGCCCUGAGGCCGGCUUCCUGGAACACAGACUUCAAGAGAACUCACAGAAGAUAAAAAUAAGCCGACAGAGAAAAUUUCAAAGUGUACAAAGCAAACAGAAUACAUUGAUGUGGAGGCAUUGA